CUUUGAUCUGUGAUUGGUUUGAAAGAGAUAUCUCACCAAAUUUCUGUUGAAAUACAUAUGGUUAAGCUUUCAGCUGCUUGUUCUAUAGCUUGUGUUGGUUUUGUGACAAGUGAAAAAUAAUACAGAAAUUGUGGAGAAGAUUUUCACAGAUAUGACAGUCAUGGAUAUUUUUAAUUACUGAAAGAAUAAAGCACAGGCACUGUUAAAAGACAACAUUCAUAUAAAGAUAAAUACAUUUUCAUGGUGUAGUUCAUAAUAAAGCACAGGGACAACUUAAAAAUUUCACACUGAUGGGUAAAUAACAAUGAGCCAACAAUAUAAACAGAAUUCUUCAAUACCAUAGUAACAGUUGUUUUUUACCACCACCAACAAAUUUAGUCUUUUGUAACCUAAGAGACUCAGAAGAAAAUCUAAGAAGCAACUGGUAACAAAGCAAAGUAAUCCGGAACAAGGUAUUUGACAAUUGAGCAUAAUGAAAUUCUCAACUGUCUACUGCAUUAUUAUCUUAGUCCUAAUACAGCAACAAAGUGACGGAUUCCUCUUAAACAAGCUUAGGAAAAAUAUCAAAGCUUUUAUGAAGGGAAAAAAAUCACAAUUUAGAGAAUACCCUUUGAUAGGGGGAUUAGAAUACCCUGGCAAUAUCCUUGCACUGCAAGGGCGGAUAGAGAAGCUAUGGAAAGAAUACUACACUUGCCUGAAGAGGAAAUAUGAGUUACUGGGACCACAGAAAACAGUAACACCAGAAGCCAUUAUGGUGUUUGAAGGUUCUUCUAUAAGAUUGGACUGCAAAGUAUGCAUCUCUCCAGCUGAAACAAACACAUUUAAGAACGUGACAUGGUCCUACAAUACCAUUCCUUCCAAUGAAGCUACUGUGAUUAAGUAUGGAGAGCAUGCACAACUUUCACGAGAAGACAAAGUCCUACACAUGAAAAAUCUUGAAGAUGAGAAUACUGGUCUGUAUCUAUGCAAGAAUGGAAACACUGUGACAGCUUCAUACUAUUUGGAGGUGACAGAUGCAUCUGAACCCUUAGCGAAGGUGAGACCAAAAACUGCUCCGAAAGGACCAUAUGAAAAGCCUCCACAAGUUGUGCCUGGCCAUGACAUUCAGGUGUUUACACAGUGGCAAACAUGGUCACCUUGUAACAAGUGUGGCGAAGUUGGUAAGAAAGUACGAUUUGGAAUAUGUAACGUGAAGUUGCUGCAUGAUGGUGACUUAAAAACAAAUACAGUCAACAUACCAAAAAGCAUAAAACCUUCCAGUGAAAAAUUAACAAAUCAAGCAGCAGGAGUAAUUGGAACUGAAGAGAGAAAAGCUGUAAAAAUACUGACACUGUUUAAAGGAGGAAUACCAUGUCGAUCUUCAUUGUUACCACCAGAGUUACAAUCUAUUCCAGAAAUACUCACACGUAAAAGUGAAGUUAUGGUAGCCUUCUGCAAGGAAACCUGCCUAGAAGACCUGAGUAUAUUUGAAGUAGUGGAUGAGCAUGGCAAUGUUCUUGAAACUGCAAACAAUUCUGAUGGAAUAUAUUCCAAAGGACAAGAUCCCUCUCUAAUAAUUAUUAAAGUUGAAAGCAGAACACAGUAUGAAGACACAAACACACCCAAAGUAACAAUACGAUGCCCUGGACAUUUAAAUACUGACAUACCUGUGCAAUGGCAAAUUGGAACCAAGAUUAUUAAUCCAAUAGUGAUUGAGAAAGAGUCUGGUGGUAGAAUACGCAUUGAUACAUAUGGUCGCAUCAAGUUGAAAAGACCACGACUUUCGGACUCCAAUACAUACAGCUGCAGGCAAAAUAAAAUGUUGGUUGGUUCAGUGCAACUAAUUGUUACAAGAAAAAUAGAAACCAACUUUUAUGACUUAAUCAUGUAUUUUGGUCUGGCUGUCAUCAUUGGAUCAAUUGUAAUUGUAAGCUACUGUAUAUUCAAAAACAGAAAGCGGUCAUCAGCCUGAAUAGAGUAUAAUACACCAUGACAAAUA